CGCAUGUGCAGUGCGGGGCGCAGGGGCUGCUAAUUCCAUUGUGGAGCGGACGCGGCGUUAUUUUUAACUGGAGGCGGCGGCGGCGGCGGGAGCCGUAAGUGCAGCCCGGGCCGGGGCCGCCCGUCGGCGCGGGAGGGGGUGGCGGCGAUGCGCCCGGGCGGCGGCCGCCGGGCCGCGGCGGGAGCCGACCGCUGAGCGAACGCCCGCCAGCGAGGCGGCGAGCGGUGUCCGGCGGGCGGGCGGGCGGACGGCGGGUCCCGCAGCCCCUCUGGGCCGCGCCUCCUCUCCGGCCCGCCUUCCCGGGGGAUGAAACUCGGCAGCGGCUUCCUCGGCGGCGGCGGCAGCAAGAGGGCGGCGGCCAUGGAGCCCACCUUCCCCCCCGGCAUGGUUAUGUUCAACCACCGCCUGCCCCCGGUCACCAGCUUCACCCGGGCGGCCGCGCCCCCCCCGGCGGCCCAGCACCCCCCGCAGUGCGUGUUACCUCCGGCCUCCGCCGCCGCUUCCUCCACGGCGGCGGCCGAGCCACCGGCGCCUCCUCCCCCUCAGGACAUGACUUUCAAGAAGGAGCCGGUGGGGGCUUUUCCCUCGGCUCCCUCCUCCUCGCAGAGGAGCCCCUGGGGCUUUCUGCAGUCCCUGGUGAGCAUCAAGCAAGAGAAGCCCAGCGAGCAGGAGGAGGAGGAGCAGCAGCAGCCACAGCACCACCACCACUACGGGGGGCUCUUCGGGGGCGCGGGGGAGGAGAGGCCCCCCGGCCUGGGGAGCGGCAGCGGGGAAGGGACCGGCCAGAGUGUGAUUCAGGACCUCAGCCUUCUUCACCACCUGCACCAGCAUCCCCACCGAGACCUGUUACUGAGUGGCAGAGGCGAGGGCGCCCUUGGGAGCUCGGGUGAGCCAAAGCACGAUGCCCAGGUCAAGAAGGCAAAGAGGCCAAAGCCAGAAACUCAGGGAAUCAAAGCCAAGCGGAAGCCAAGCGCUUCAUCCAAACCCCCCCUGGUGGGAGAUGCGGAAGGUGCCAUUGCCUCCCCCAGUCAGAAACCUCACGUCUGCGAACACUGCAGCGCUGCCUUCAGGAGCUCCUAUCACUUGCGCAGACAUGUGCUCAUUCACACGGGGGAGAGGCCUUUCCAGUGCAGCCAGUGCAGCAUGGGUUUCAUCCAGAAGUACUUACUGCAGAGACAUGAGAAGAUCCACAGUAGGGAGAAGCCUUUUGGGUGCGACCAGUGUAGCAUGAAGUUCAUCCAGAAGUACCACAUGGAAAGACACAAGAGGACGCAUAGCGGAGAAAAGCCAUACAAAUGUGACACUUGUCAGCAGUAUUUUUCAAGGACUGAUAGACUGUUGAAGCACAGAAGAACAUGUGGUGAAGCCAUAGGUAAAGCAGGUGCCGGUAUGGAGCCCGGAGCAUCAAAUAACAUGGGUAGCUUGGCUGCGUUGUCUCAGGGAAAUACAAGUUCCUCAAGGAGAAAAAGUAAAACAAAAAGUAUAUCCACUGAAAACAAAGGAAAUAAGUGUAGCAGCAAAGUAACUGAAUCUCAAGUUACAAGUAACGUGGCCAUGCCAAAUUAUGCAGUUGAUAUUCCUAUUGUGUCUUCCAGUGGUGGUCUAGUUGGCACGGGCGUAGAAGAACUUCAGAAAAAGGUGCCAAAAUUGGUCUUGAAAAAAGGAAGCAGAAAACAGGCAGAGAAAAAUUACCUUAAUUUUGUAUCGCCGCUGCCAGAUAUUUUGGGGCAAAAACCACUGUCUGGGAAGCAGAGUGGCUCUCUAGGCCUCGUAGCCAAUACCGGUGUAGAAACAAUUGGCCUUCUUCAAAGUACAGGUGGUAAACCAGGUCACAUAAGUAGCAAUUAUGAUGAUGCCAUGCAGUUUUCAAAGAAGAGAAGAUACUUACAAACUGCAAGCAGUAACAGUGCCUUUUCAAUUAAUGUCGGACACAUGACUUCCCAGCAGUCCGUCAUCCAGUCUGCAGGUGUUAGUGUUAUGGAUAACGAAGCUCCAUUAUCUCUUAUUGAUUCAGCAUCUUUAAAUAGUGAAAUAAAGUCUUGCCACGACAAGUCUGGUAUUCCUGAUGAAGUCUUGCAGAGCCUUUUGGACCAGUACUCUCACAAAUCAGAAGGCCAGAAAGAAGAUCCUUUCAGUAUAACUGAACAGCGUGUGGACUUGCACACCUCAGGAGAACAUUCAGAGAUGGUUCAGGAAGAAAACUUGAGCCCGAACUCUCAAACAGUUUCAAACGAUAAGGCAAGCAUGUUGCAAGAGUACUCCAAAUACCUCCAACAAGCCUUUGAAAGAACAACCAAUAGCACUGGUUUUGCUUUUGGACCCAGUUUCCAGUUUGUUAGCUUGUCUUCAACUCUCCAUAACCACACUCUGUUUCAAGACAAACAGAUAUACACUACAUCUCCACUUGAGUGUGGCUUCAGCCAAUCUGUUACCUCAGUAUUGCCGACUGCGUUGCCAAAACCUCCGUUUGGGAUGUUGCUUGGAUCUCAGCCAGGUUUUUACUUGUCUGCUUUGGAGGCUACGCAUCAACAGUUGACUCCUUCUCAAGAGCUGGAUGACCUUAUUGAUCCGCAGAAAAACUUAGAGACUUCAUCUAACUACCAGUCAACGUCUCAGAAACUGACUGGCCAGAAGGAACAGAAAAACUUAGAAUCUUCAGCGAGCUUUCAGAUCCCGUCUCAGGAGUUAACUAGCCAGAUAGAUCAUCAGAAGGACAUAGAGCCUAGAGCAACCUACCAGAUCGAGAACUUUGCACAAGCGUUUGGUUCUCAGUUUAAGUCGGGCAGCAGGGUGCCAAUGACUUUUAUCACUAACUCUAAUGGAGAAGUGGACCAUAGAGUAAGGACUUCAGUGUCAGAUUUCUCAGGGUAUACAAAUAUGAUGUCUGAUGUAAGUGAGCCAUGUAGUACACGAGUAAAAACCCCAACCAGCCAGAGUUACAGGUAAGGUCCCGACUGUGACCAGGCUGUGGGGUCUUAAUGUAAUUUUGUUUUUCUUUGACAACACUGCCGUUGGAAUGUUUCUACACGGUCCUUUUAAGAAUAAUGUAAUAUGCCCUUUCAAUGCAACUUUUCAUAUUUAGUUUAUUUUGUUAGUGUAAUUUUUUUAGAUCUGUUUAUUAUGGUUUUUAAUCAAAAAAUCAAUAGAUUAAAAUAGUGUUUUUGUUCAAGUGACAAUGUUUAGCAAUCAAAUUUACAUUAUAUAGAUUGUCAGGGAAUAGCCCAAAAGUUUAAAAAGCAAAAAAUUAGCUUUGUUCCUAGGACUAAGGUUUAUUCUAAUUGCUUUACUCUCAGGAAAGUGUAACGAAGCAUGGGAAUUCUAUGCACCACUAGUGUAUUGGAACUUCCAAUUUACAGAUAGUGACAAGUAUAUCUCAGCUUUCUGAGGAAGGGAUCUAUGACAUUUCAAAUUGCUGUCUCUUAUGUCUGGGCUGAUCUGAAAGAAUUUUGCUACCUAAAUCUCAUCGUUUUUAAAGUACUCCUGUUCUUCCAGGUGACGCUCAUUCCAGGCAGGUGGAGCAAAUAUUUUUGGGUCUGUACGAAGAGCCCAGAAUGGUAGCUUUAAUAUAAACAAUAAUGUCCCCAGAACUCCUGUGUAAGACUGUAAUUCCGUAAAGAGAUUCUGUUGACACAAACCGCGAGAACAAAACGUGUGCGUCUGGUUCAUGUCAUUAGAACCCCAACUUGAAACUACAGUCAUAAUCCAGAUAUGCUUUUGGGAUACAUUAUUUAUUAUACAUGGUUCAAAAAAGUCGGUCUCUUGCUCUUCCCCUUUUCCACGUCCUUUUAGUGUAUCAGGUGCCCUCUCUUCUGUUGUGCUCCCAGUUCCUCUGGAAUUGAUGUUGGGGGUUUUUUUCCCCCUUUUAACUUACACCUUUUCUUCCCUUUCUUCCCUACUCACUCCCUCACCCCAACUUAAUAGCUAGCAUUUAAAAAGAUUUACAUUCCAGAAAGUGCAUAUCCUAUUAUGUACUUUCUGAUGUCUUAUGACAUCAGAUUAUGAACAAUAAACACCGACAUGUUUUAGAAUUAUGUUAAGGUUUCCAUGUACGAUAAGAAAUAAUAUACUCCCAAUUGUACAUACAAAGGCCCCUAUCCUGCAUCAGGAUCAGCUAAGAUGGACCCCUGGCCUAGAAGUGCACCCGUGGUGUCACUGGAGCUUUUUAUGGAUAUAGGGGUUUGCAGCAGUUCAUCAUUGCAGGCUUUUAGGGCCUAAGGCUGCAAUUCCAUCAAAGGUUUCUGGUGAUGACAUCAACUACAAAAGUAGAACUUGAGUGGCUUGUUAAUAUCAACAGAACUUUUCUUUGGAAUUAUUGCCUUACUUUAUGUAUAUUUUGUGGUACAUUAUUUAUUAUAUGUGAAUCCUGAUUAAUGCCUGUGGAGCCACGGAAACCUGCUAGAAAUACUGGUGGCCAUUCAAAGCUGCUGAAAGGCAGUGGCACUGCUCUAAACCACUUUUUGCAAAUGUAUUUUUUGAUUAGAUUUUUUAAAUGUAAUUUUGGUGAUGUUUAUGCUGAUGGUUUUUUAUGUACUCUUGGUGAUGUUUCAGUCUUAUGUACUUUUCUGGUGUCAGGAAAGUACCAGUGGUUGUUUGCAGUCUUAUUGUGUAAUCAGCCUAUUACAGGCUUCCAUGUAUAAUAAAGUUAUUAACAUUGUGCAAGUGUAAAACACUUCUGUUAUGAAAGUGGUGUAUUAUUAAACAAAUUGUUACAAAAAUCCUGGGUAAUUUCUCCCAUUGUCCCUCACCACUAAAAAUUGAAACCUGAGCCCACUUGUAAUCUCUUUUACUAGGUGAAUUUUCUUUUUUUUUUUUCUUACUAAUCUAGAGUUUGUUCUCAUAGAAUCCAUGUAACUCCAUUAACUUUUUCUUUAUACUUGAUUAUGUAUUUCACCCUAUUUCGAUUUAAAGAAGCAAACAACAGCUGUUCUCCAAACACAGAACCCAACCUGUUAUCAGGAAUGGAAUAGCCCAUAACCACUGUGUUGGCUUUUUCAGUACCUUUUCUUUUGUUUUACAGGGGUUAUAAUUUACAUUCUUUAUAUUGUGUGUAGUAGAAGUUGCAUAUGUAUUGUUCUGGCUGUUUGCUUUAACUUAAUACUAAUAAAACCCAUUAUUCACAAAAUGAUAAAGAUAUCACUUCUAUUAUCCAGUCAUACUUUUGAGAACUUAUUAAGGAAAUGUUAUGAGAUUAAAUUUUGAGAAGGAAUAAUGUAACUUACUGAUCUGUUUUGAGCUUGUUUUCUUCCUUUGGUUUCUUUUUGUAUCAGAUAGUCUGAAUGCACUAUUUUAGAAAUCAGGGCUCUGUCUCGUACCCUUAGCUUCUGAGGAAAAAAACUAACAAAUUUCCUUAAGUUAAACUGUGCAUAGAACCCCAUCUGUUUAAAUCUGUGUCUUUUUAUAUAUGAUUUUGGUUUGAAAUACAUAAAUUGCAUAUUGUUAACUUCAAAGACAUUUUGUAAUUGCUGGAAAUCCAGAAUGACACAUACGUAAUACAAUUUUGUUCAAAGUAAAAAUUUUAGAAAGUC